AUGCUAUCUUCGCAUGAUUCAACCGAAGAUCCAGCAGGAUAUUCUGAAACUUUACCUUCUGCAACAGAAGAUGCUACUGAUAAGGAGGAAAACCAACCCUCUAUAACAGAUACGUCAAUUGAACUACCAAUUGAGAACAUCGGACACAAUGAUCAUGUCUUAAACUCCGUAGAUAAUACCUCCGAUAAUGAUUUGAAUGCUAAUGUUGAAGAGAACGAUAUCACUUUUGCUGUGACAGAACAUGAUGGUAAUACCAAAUGGGUACCUGCUCAAACACUGAAGAAGACUAAUGCUCUCCUAUGGACCCAUUAUCUCGGUAUAGAUGGUGCCUUAAAUAUCGUCAAAUGUAAACAUUGUAACACAAUUUUGAAAAGAGGUCCACAUGAUGCUGCAAAGAAUUCUACUGUCAAUUUUAGAAUGCAUUUGAAAACGGCACACAAGGUUACUCCCAAUAUGUCUUUCUAUGAUGAGGAGAAUAUUCUUGAUAAUAACGUUACGAAAAAUCUACAUAGUCGAGAAUCAACUCUAGAUGAUGUUUCUUCAACUUUUGAUUCCCAAUUAUUCAAGAGAAGAAAAUAUAUCAAAAAACCGAAAACCUUACCUCCCUUUACCUUGGAUAUGUCAAAGGAAAUUACUAAACUAAAGCCUAGGGAUGUUCCCUCUGAAACGACCAUUAAAACAAGACAACAUUUCUUUCCUUCAAAUAAUUUAUUAGCUAUAGUCGUUGCAUCCGAAAAUUUACCACUAGAUUUUGCAAACAAUUCCGCAUUGAAAUUAUUAAUGUCAUCAAUACUUACUUCAUUACCUACCAGUCCAGAUUCCAUAAGAGAAAAUAUUAUUGGAAUGGCUACAUCAAUAAAUAAAAUGAUCAGAAAAUCUUCCAUUCAAAAUGAUUACCAUCUACCAUUUGAACUAGAUAUCUCACAUCUACGUAAUGACCUUAUAGGUACUGAACGUAAACUACUGCUGUGUACUUUAAUAAUGAAUGGAUUGAAAGAUUUACCAUCUUUUAAUUUUUAUUCAUUGAGUCAUCAAAUUUGGAAUCAACAAUAUUCACUAAUAUCAAUCCAAUUCAUUGAUUAUGUUAACUCAAAAUUAAGAAUAUUGCCAAUAUCUAUAGAAGAUAUGGGAAACAAACCAAUUACACCUAAACUGCUUAAUAGACAAUUAUAUAAUGUGAUAUCCAAAUAUCCUGGACUUACAAACUCAUUGCUUUCUAUAUCGGCUCCAAGAAAAAUCUGCGAUACGUUAAAGUCUGCAGAUCCAAUUCCAAAUGAGUUUGGCAAGAGAGGUUACGAUCAUACUGAAAAUAGUGUUAUUCACAAUUAUGAUGAUGGCGAGGAGGAGGAAGAGCAUGCUGAGCAAGAGAUUAUUAACUCCGUAAUCGAAAACGCUAUUCAAAACCUUCACUACCAACCAUGCAUUGUUUCAGCUUUAGAAGAUUGUGUAACUGUCUUCUUUGGUCUACCAUCAACUAAUAUAUAUGAAGAACAAAUUUCUAAAUCGGACAUGGUAUCAACCCUAAGAAAUAAAGACGACACCGCUUUAGAUUCUCUUAUUGAUUUAAAUCGCUUAGACAUUUCUUUAUCUAUAUUUGAAAAGAUAUCUUCCUUUUACGAAGAAAUAAAUAAUGAUUCAUGGCAAAUGGAAAGGUUUCAAGCAACUUACUCUGAUAUUUUCGGCAAUAAUAAUAACAAUAAUAAUAAUAAUAAUGAUGAUGAUGAUGAUGGAGAAAAUGAUAUCUUAAACCAAACAAAAAAUCCAUUCAAUAAAAAAUUCUAUUCUUCCUCAAUUCAUUGCUUGAAAAGGUUUCUUCGAUUACGCCCCUUGAUCGAAAAUAUGACUCCAUUUUUACAGAAUGAGAUAUUUAGUGAUUUAGAUUUCCAAAUCAUGAAAUCAACUCUACUAACAUUACAAUCAUUGAAUAAAUUAAUACUAUUACACUACGUUUCACCUUCAGAUUUCAAUUUUAUUAAUAUCAUACCAACAAUUUUAACAAUUGAAGCUCAUAUAAAUCAACAAUUGGAAAUUUCAAAAUAUAAUAGAUACAAGAGACCAUUUUUAUUGGUUCAAAACUUAAUUAAAUCCAUUAAAGAUCGUCUAUUGCUAAAUGAUACUAACUUACUUGGUUCCUUUUUGUCACCUAUAAUUGUUUCUAAUGAAAGCCGUUUAAAAACCGUCUUUGGAACAACAGAUACCGGUAAAAUUAUCAAAAGAGUAUCUAAUAUAGCAAUGAAAAUAGUCAUGAAAUACGUUCAUGUCCCAGACGAAGAAAAACUUAUGGAGAAAGGAGAGAACGGCACUCAUGAUGAAAGUGAAACUGAACAUGAACCAGAACCAUUUUUACAAUUAGCUUUUGGAACAAUCGGACGUUCAUCUGAAAAGUCACCCAAGACUCGCUUGAUUGAUGAUGUUCAAGAAUGCUGUCAACAACUAUUCGAAAGAUUAUUCCUGGCGUUUCUAAGAAAUGUCCAAUCGGAAUAUCCUAAAGGUAGGAAAAUAUUUUGUGAAAAAAAUGGAUAUAUACCUACUAAUGAUGGCCAGUAUCGUAAAGUAAAUGCUAGUGGUGGUGCAAAUGACUAUGACGAUAAUGAUGCUUUGGGCUACGAGGACUCCUUCAGUAAUGCUCUCAAUGAUGAAGAUGUACAUACGGGUUCUCAAAAUAUUCUGGAUCCAAUAGAGGAAUUAUUAACUAUCCAUCUACCGCUCUGUGAUAUCUUUUGGAACCAAUAUUUAAUGUACAAUACGGACCCUUUAUUCACAAUCAUACUAAAUAUAGUAAGGUCGAUAUCUUCAACUUCUAAAAGAUCUGAAUAUGCAUUCUUGAAAAAUUACAGGGCAAAUAUCAGUGGUUCCAUUCUUGAGGAAACUAUCAAAGUCGCCGUGUUCGAUAAACAAUGUGCCAUUGGUAAAGUUGACUUCAAUUCGGAUACUCUAACCUCGUUGGGUAAUUAUAUAUGA